AUGAGAAAAAUUGGAUUAUUUGUGCUAGCAGUUAUGAAGAAGAUGGAGCUCAAGACUGUGAAUCCGAUGGGCCUCGUAAUGGGCCAUGCUUAUGCUGUAAUUGACACCAAAGAAGUGACUUCAAGAAGAGGUAAAGAGCAAAUUCUUCAAAUAAGAAAUCCAUGGGGAAACCAAGAGUGGAAAGGUGACUGGUCAGACUCUUCAGACUUAUGGACUCCUCAAUUGAAAAAGCAGUGUGGAUGGUCUAAUUCAGAUGAUGGAACUUUUUGGAUACCUUUCGAAGACUUUGCUCAAUAUUUUGUAAACGUCACUAUUUGCAGAGUUCACGAUAAUUAUUAUUAUGAAGGACUUCACCAUACUCAAGGACAGGGACAGUUUGCAGUUUAUAAAGUAACACUUUCCAAGCCUGGAAGUACGUAUUUUAUAACAACUCAAGUAGAUGAAAGAAGAUUUAAUGAAGAAGAUGGCUAUCAAUUUUCGCCAGCCAGGAUCAUUGUUGGGAAACUAAACCAAAGAAAGCAAGGAGGCAAAGGUCGUCGCCUAACGUUUAUUAGUGGUUUCUGUGAUAUAAUGCAAAGAGACAUUUGAACGAUGAAUGAACUUGAAGUAGGAACUUAUUUAGUUUACGUCCAAAUGGACUGAAUACAAGACGUAACUGAAGACUAUGGCUUUUCAGUUUAUUCAGAGUCCCCAGUCAAGCUUGAAGACGUCACUUUUCAAGAGAAAAAUUUUCUUUAUGAUGUCUAUACCUACAACUUGGCAAAGCAAACAGUUGAUCCAAGUUUACUCUCAGAAAAUAUUUACUUUUAUGAAGUUGAGCGUCUUGGACCUGGGGAAGAUGGGAAAUGUAUGGAAGGAAUUAUGUUUGAUGUAAUUAGAAAUAAAUCAGAAGACCUCAUUAUUGAAUUAGAAGUGCUCCAUAAAUCAUUAGAAAAUGUAGAACUUGUGGGAAUUUAUGAAGGGAAAGACUCGUAUAAAAUAAAAUUGAAACCAGAAGAGAAAAAGGUUGUUGUUAAAAGACAAGUGAUUUUAACUGAAGAGAUAGAUUGCAGAGUAACCAAGACAAAGAAAAUAAUAGCUAUUUAA